AUGAUCCUACCAAGGAAAGUUAUUGAUGGAAUUGAGGCCAUUUGUCGUGCUUAUCUUUGGAAGGGACAACAUCUGUUUCAGGGAGCAGGUCUUAUAGCUUGGGAGAGAGUUUGUCAGUCCAAGGCAGCAGGGGGAAUUGGUUUCAAACGAGUUGCUGAAUGGAAUAUUUCUGCCAUCAUCAAGUAUGUAUGGGCAAUUGCAAACAAUGAAGAAAAUUUAUGGGUUAAGUGGAUACAUAGUGUCUAUCUUAAAGGUGGAGAUUGGUGGAACUACCAGCCCCUUACCCAAGGGAGCUGGUAUUGGAAAAAGCUGGUGGCUGUCAAAGAUCGCGUUAAGAAUAUUACUGAUAUACAGGGUGACCAUGUGUAUGAAAAUAAUUGCGAUCCCACAAGAGAAGAACAGUUGCCACACCAAAACGAAACACCAACAGCAGUUGAGAAUAUUUUAAAUCCAUGGACUGCUUACCCUCGAGUAUGGCAUAAGAUAUUCUUGGUUUCAUGUCUAAUCGGAGUCUCAAUCGAUCCACUGUUCCUCUACAUUCCAAUUGUAAACGAUAACAAAAAGUGCCUCGACAUAGACAACAAUAUAAAGAACAUAUUUCUUGCUUUGCGAUGUGUUACCGAUUUCUCUUAUGUCUUACACAUCAUUUUUCGGCUUCAAAUUGCACUAUCCAUGUCGAAGGAACUUGGUCAAUCUAUUUUCACAGGGUUUCCUUGGUCUUAUCUCCUAAUCGAUGUUUUAGCCAUUCUUCCACUUCCUCAGGUGGUGGUUUUGGUGUACUUUCCAGAGAUUACAGGAUCAAAAUCUUUGCUUGCAAGAAAGUUCCUCGGCUUACUACUCCUUCUUCAAUACGUGCCUCGAAUUCUUCGUGUGUAUUUAUCAGCUAAAGAGCUAGGAAGGACUUAUGAUUCACUCACUCAACGUGUAUGGGUCAGAGGUGCCUUCUUCUUUUCACUCUACAUUAUUUCUGGCCAUGUAUUUGGAGCCUUUUGGUACUUCUAUUCAACUUUUCGUGAGACAGCUUGCUGGCACAACUUUUGUAAAGCCCUUGGAUCACAAGAAUGUGUACCUGGUCCUUUUGAUUGUCGUGGCAAUCAUUUCAUUAAGAAUUUGACAAAGCUGGAUCAGUAUUGCCCCAUCAAUCCACCAAAUUCAGCCAUCUUCGAUUUUGGAAUAUUUUCUCAUGCCAUUGAGUCUCGUAUAGUCAGCCAAACGGAUUUUCUCAGAAAAUUCUCUAGUAGUUUUUGGUGGGGUUUGAAAAAUUUGAGUUCUUUUGGUCAAAACCUUGACACAAGUAGCAAUGUACAAGAAAAUAUUUUUGCAGUUCUUAUUUCUAUCUUGGGCUUACUUUUAUUUUUAUACCUUAUUGGAACUCUUCAGACAUACAUGCAGUUGGAAACAACAAAGUCAGAAGAAGCAAGGAUAAAGAUAAGUAUCAAACAGCCAGAAAUAGACUCUUAUUUAUCAACCCAUGACCAGCUUCCACCACAGAAAAAGAAAAUCAUCAAGAGAUACCUAACUCGAAAAAUUAGAGAAGGCAAAGAUUUUGAUGUCAGACAUCUCUUUUCUCUACUCGAAGAGCAUUCUGAUCAUGGCCUACACAAGAGUGAGACAUUUUCAGCUUGGGUAAACAAAAUAUUGGAUGUAAAUAAACAUGAGAAGAAGGCAAUUGAACAAGCAAACUCAUGGAUAUCAAAAAAUGGAAUUCCUAACGACAUAAAGCCAAAGAUACUGAAAUACGUACAACUGAGAUUGCAAGAAGGAAAAGAUGUAGAUAUCGAACAUGUUUUGGAUAUUCUUCCUUCGAAACUAGGAAUGUCUAUUAAAAAACACAUGUGUUUCCCCGUGUUAAGAAAAGUUCCACUGUUUCAAAACAUGGAUGAUUAUGUUUAUGAAUCAAUUUGCAAUUCCUUAAAGCCAGUCAUAUAUUCAGAAAAGAGUUACAUCAUACGAAAGGGAGAACCUCUUGAUAUGGUGCUCCUCAUCACACAAGGUGUUGUGUGGAGCUUCGGUACUAGUUCUAUGGUUCGUCUUCAAAGAGGUGAUUACUAUGGAAAUGAACUCGUAGAAUGGCAGUUAAACUCAACAUCAUAUAAUGACUUUCCUAUCUCUACUGCCAAUGUCAAAUCACAUACCAAAGUCGAAGCCUUUGCUCUAAUGGCAAUUGACUUAGAGCAUGUGCUCUCCAGUUGCUGGGUCAAGUUCUUUCAAUACAACUCAACAAAUGAAACCAUGUCAUCCGAGGGCUUGAAAUCUUUCGCAGCUACUUCUGUGCAGCGAGGAUUUCGACGAUAUAUAAAGCUUAAGAAGGCACAAGAGAACAAGCUCAGCAUUCAUGUCAAUCCAUAG